AUGUUGGAUAGCAGCCAGGGAGAUCAGUUUCACUAUUACCAGCCGGGGAUAGGGACAUAUGUAUCCUCUGCAACUUUCUCGAACAAGGGAUUCUUCUCGAGGGUAAAAUCUGCAUGCUCCAAAGCAAAGGAUUCAGCCGUUGGCUCGUCGUUUGCUGACCAUGUCAUGGCUGGGUAUCGAUUUCUGAUGCGAUACUACACGCCGGGGGAUAACAUGUAUUUCUUCGGCUUUAGUAGAGGCGCGUACAUUGCACGAUUUCUCGCGGAGAUGCUCGACUAUGUCGGUCUCCUGACAACCGGGAAUGAGGAAUUGGUGCGGUUUGCCUGGAAAAACUAUGCCAAAUGGCAGCAGAGGGAUGGCCGUGGCGACGAAUAUCAAGAUGAGAAGCUAGCAAUGUAUAGCUAUAUGAAGGCGUUUCGUGAAACCUUUAGCCGGCCGGUGCAUCCCGUUCGAUUUAUUGGCAUAUUCGACACUGUGAACAGCGUCCCGAGGUUUGAGUCGGCCUGGAUGCAGAGAAGCAAGUUCCCCUACACCGCGAAGACUUCGGCCAGAGUUAUAAGACAUGCCGUCGGUAUUGACGAGAGACGGGCCAAGUUCCGACAGGACCUGAUAUCUCAGAUGAGGAACUAUAAAGAAAAUCACCACCAUCACCAUCAUCCUCGUCAUAAACCCCAUACCCAUCCACGUAAAUGGGACUUCCGCAAGUGGCUUCCUGGUAAACGCCGGAAUGAUAUACCCAGCGUGGUUGUUAACAGUCCCGAGGGCGAGAAGCAGUCCAACGGCGCCGAACAGAACGGAGUGACAAAAGGGGGAACAAACGGGAAGACCCAAACCCCUGAGAUAUCUUCCAAACCACGACGCCAGGAGAAAUACAGGCCGCCCUCCCCGUGUCCUAGCACCUCUGGAAUGCCUGGCCUGUCAGUGCCGGCAGGUUUGCAUGCAGAUGAUAAUAUAUCUAUUGUGGAAAGUUGCCAUUCCAAAAUAUCGAUGCUGGCACCUGGCCUUGAAGGACUCAACGGCGAGGAGCAAGAUAUCCAGGAGGUCUGGUUCCCCGGCGGACAUGCAGACAUCGGCGGCGGCUGGGAGCUUGCUCCAGGCGAGCUUUGGCAGCUCAGUCAUGCACCUCUGGUUUGGAUGGUCUACGAGGCGCAGAAGGCAGGCCUGCGGUUCAGCCGGCGUGCGCUGAAACAGUUUGAAUGUGACGAGAUGUAUGCCGGAGACGUCUCGCCGGUCCAACGGUCAUCUUUCCAGUUUACGGAUAACGAGGAGCUCCAGAGAAAGACUGUUUGCGCAUCGGGGCUGUUUGAUAGCAACCUGAAUGCCGACGAGAUUCAAGAUCCCAACAGAAAGGUGACUGCAUCUGAAUCCUUCCGGGCUGCUCUUCAUCUCUCCAGCACCCAGGGACAACUACAUGAUUGCUUGUCCUAUAACAUGGGCGUGCCCAAACUCUCGGUGACCCUAUGGUCACUUAUGGAAUAUCUUCCCUUCAGGCGUAUGGAUCUUCAAUCAGAUGGCUCCUGGCAGCCAAUUCGUUGGCCGUUGCCACGAGGCGAAGUCCGCGAUAUUCCUGAUGAUGCACAGAUCCAUGUGAGUGCUAUACAUCGGCUUCAAGCCCGCGAUGACUAUAGGCCUGGAAAUCUCAUCCUAGGCGGCGGUGGUAGGGGAGUCCGGAGGUUACCUAAAGACCAUCCGAUCGGAGAAUGGGAUGUGCUGAACAACGAGGGCUGCCCUAUCAGGGAGACGUAUAUUCGACGCAAGCCGGUCAAACAGGACGGGCCAGAAAAGAAUGAACGGAACGGUCGUGGAAAGAAGGAGUAUAAAAAUUAG